AGACAGGCAAAAACAACAAAAAGAAACACAGCAUGGGGGAUAAGAAUUUUUCAAGGUAUCUAGGCUGCAAAUUGACAUUUGUAUAAAUCUUUCAGGAGUCAAAAUUUGUUGUAUUAAUUGCUCAAACAAAUACAUGACUCCAAAAGUUACACAAUGUCAUCUCACACACAACUAAAUAGAUUCAUUUUAAAAUUUAUAGACUGGAACAUAGAAGUAUACGGUACCUCUCUGGACAUGCUGACAGUAGACAUCCCAACACUUUCAAAUCGUCUGUCAAAGUUCUAUUGUUCUGCCAUGCCAAAAGGCAAAGAUGACGAUGACAAAUCCUUGUACCACAAAAAUAGUCUCAUCAACAUCAGAGCAGCCAUUAAUCGCCAUUUAGCUGAUCUUCGCAGAGACGUCAAUGUUGUAAAGGACAAAGAAUUUCGCACAGCAAAUGGGAUCCUGGAUGGCCUUUUCAAAGAGCGGACGCAGCUUGGCCUGUCUAAGCCUACGAAACACAAAGAGAUUAUUGAAAUACAUGAUCUACAAAAGAUAUAUCAGUACCUCAAAGGUGCGCCAUCAUCACCAGUAAUUUUACGUCAUGCUGUAUGAUACUUUUUGGCCAUCCAUUUCGUAACAAGAGGGCUAGAAUUUCACCAUCAGUUGAAAAUCGACAGCUUUGAAUUUUCCUCUGAUGAGACUGGAGAGUAUGCUGCACUAAAACACGAAACCCUGCAAAAGAAUAAUCAAGGGGGGGGGGUUGAAGCACAUGAUACCCACAAUGACAAGCGGAUGUACGCAACUAAUGGUGAAAACAAUUGCUGCCCAGUUGAGUUACUAAAGAUGC